AUGGUGGCUCUGCUAGGGGGUAUGUUUUCUGGGCAGCCCCCACCCGGCCACCCAGGCCAAGCUUCGCUUUUUCAGGCAGCUCCAGGCACUCCUAGACCUUCCAACAGUACUUUGGUGGAUGAGUUGGAAUCAUCUUUUGAGGCUUGCUUUGCAUCUCUGAUGAGUCAAGACUAUGUCAAUGGCACUGAUCAGGAAGAAAUUCGAACUGGUGUUGAUCAGUUUAUCCAGAUGUUUCUGGAUAUUGCAAGACAGACAGAGUGUUUUUUCUUACAAAAAAGAUCUGUCCAGAAGCCAGAGCAAGUUAUCAAAGAGGAUGUCUCAGAACUAAGGAAUGAAUUACAGCAGAAAGACACACUAGUCCAGAAGCACUUGACAAAGCUGAGGCAUUGGCAGCAGGUGCUGGAGGACAUCAAUGAGCAGCACAAAAAGCCAGCUGACAGCCCUCAGGGCUCCCUGACCUACCUGGAGCAGGCAUCUGCCAACAUCCCUGCACCUCUGAAGCCAACCUGA